CUUGCUUUAACGCUCACGACCAGACUCGUAUCUGCCCAGCUCCAGACCUUGACGCGAUAUCCAAACUAUUCUUGGCCGCGUCCACACACACCGCUAGGAGGACAUUCUUAGCACCCCAGUUAUCGGAAGGAAAGGAACGUUAGCAGGAAGGUUAACACACCUUAUCCCCAGAUCUCAAAAGACAUAUUGCGCAAACGUUGAAGAAUAACCAGCAGUCAUGACAGGAUUAGUUAAACAGAAGGAGUAUGACUGGAAGGAUUCUAAUCUGGCCUUAUUUGGCUCAGACACUGAAAAGAAGGUCAAGAAGGACGCUGCAGAAACUGAACCUGCGUGGCAGAAAGCAGGGAGUCGUCCUGGGCUGAAAGUCUGGAGAAUUGUGAAAUUCGAAGUCAAAGAUUGGCCAGAGAAGGACUAUGGCAAGUUCUACAGUGGUGAUUCUUACAUCGUGUUAAACACGUACCAAGAGAAAGACAGCGAGGAGCUUUUAUAUGAUGUCCACUUUUGGAUUGGAAAGUACAGCACACAGGACGAGUACGGCACCGCAGCAUACAAAACAGUGGAGUUGGACACGUUCCUGGAUGACAAGCCUGUACAACACAGAGAGGUGCAAGGGCACGAGUCUUCGCUUUUUAAAAGCUACUUCAAGUCUAUAACCUUGAUGGAAGGCGGCGCCGACUCUGGCUUCAACCACGUGAAACCCGAGGAGUAUGUUCCACGUCUCUUCCACGUUAAGGGAACCAAAUCCGGCGUAAUAUGUAAAGAGAUUCCCAAGAAGAAAGAGGCCUUAUCAUCAGACGACGUCUUCAUCCUGGAUUGUGGAACUAUUAUCUACCAAUGGAAUGGAAAGAACUGCAACUGGAAUGAGAAGCUAAAGGCCUGUCAAGAGAUUGUGAAAAUGAGGGAAGAGAGGUCUGGGAAAGCUAUAAGAUCAGAAACCUUGGAUGAAGACGACAUUGAUGAAGAUGACGAGUUCCAUUCCUACUUCAAUGGAGAUAGCCAAGAAGUAAAUGAAAACGGUACCGAGGAACAACAGAAGGAAGAGAAACAAGAAAAGCAGCUAUACAGGUUAUCAGACAAUGGUGGUCAGUGCGAGUUCUCUCUGGAGAAGACCGGACGUAUUAACCGCACCGACUUUGAAAGCAAGGAUGUGUUUCUACUGGACACACAGAGCGAGCUCAUUGUUUGGAUCGGAAAGUCAGCAUCAAAAGACGAACAGAAGAACGCCAUGUCAUACGCACAUAUGUAUCUGCAGUCCAGUCCCCACCCGUUGAUCCCAGUUGCCUGCCUAAGAGAGGGGAUGAAAUCGCGUCAAUUCGAACUUGCCGUCCCAGCUUAAAGAGUACAAAUGACAUUCGGUUCUUGCCCCUUCGAUCGAAAUAGGAAGAGACAACUUGCAGAUAAAAGCUAUUACCAUUGCCUGCAAUGGCGACGUGAGAGUGGCGUGUACAGAAAUCAGUUUACAUUCAGACUGUAUAUACAUAUAUAAACUACAUGCAUAUAUACAUAAUGUCAUCGGGUAGCCGGUAUGUAUAAUUGUUAGUAUCUCUAAUAUGUGUUCUUUGAAGCUUUUGUUGUGAACAGACCAAACUUAGGUACUAUAAAUAUAUAUCUAAUCUAGAGGUGCUGCUAGCUACACUGUAAAUGGCAUAUCAUAUAUUCAUUAAGUGUUUCAAAGGGUUACACAUUCGUGUGAUUCCUGCCUAAUAGACGUGCGUCCCUAGACCACAUUUUGGUUCAAAUAUCAUAAUGGAAUCUAAACUAGUGUAUGUAGUGCCAGAUAGUCAGGACCUGAAUUAGAAUUAGUUUCAACGAUGUUUUUUGUGAAUAUGGUGGAUUUACGGUAUUAACGAGGUGUACACAGCGCAAUAGACCGGUUGCAGAUUAAGGGCUGAUGAUGUAUGAAAACUGAGGUGAAAAAUUAUUGAUAAAUUAACAUUAAUAAUGAUAUUCUCAUAAUCUCGCUUUGGUGUAGGUGAUAACCAGCUUCAAACAAUAAAAUAAAAACCUUAUAAUCAGAAAAUCUUCUGAUGUGAAUUAUACAUUGUGAUACUUUUAUUAUAAAGAUUGUUAAAUCGCAACGCUUCAUGCAUGCAUAACUCUCUAUGUUUUAGAUAAUCAUACUUUCAUUUCUCUGUGUCGGCUAUUCAUAAUGUGUUAAAGAGAACGAUGUCUGCAAAACAAAGCACAGGGGUAAUUAUUUAGUCUUCAUAUAUGUGUAUCUUAUAAAUAUUAUGGCUUAUAUACAAUGUCUCGCAAUUUUGCUUUGGUUAUAUUUAAAGUUGGAGUCAUAAAAUCUCCCAACGCUUUGACUGCAUUGCUCAAUGUGUAAAAACAGAUUUUUUUUAAAGUUUAGCAAAAACACUUAUUUUUAACAUUUUAUUUGAGUACAUGCAUGUAUUGCCAUGAUUGUCAGCUGAGCGUAUAAGGAUGGUUUGAGAUACAAACACAUAAGCACAAUUGGUAGGACAACCAUGUAUUGAUCCUUUUUUUUUCUUUUAGUAAAUUUUCUUAUUUUUAACUAUAGAUACGACUAUGCCUUUAUGUCAUUACAAUUUUACAUCAACUAGUAUCCAUCUACGGUAUUGUCAGUAUCGCAUAGCUCAAAAACAGGCACGAAUCUCUCGUUGAUUUUUUUUGUAAGUAGACGCAUCCAUAAUUUUGUAUAGCUUUAUAUAAAAAAUCUGUAAAUAAAAGGUGAUAACAUGUGACCAUGGUAAUGCGGAGAAGUUGUCUUUUUUUACAAAGUUAAGUUUGACAAAUAUGCUUAAUUAGUAAAACCUGUAUCGAUAUCCAAUGGAUUCUCAAUAGUAUACAUUGUUGAAUACAGCUGUUGUCCAAAGUAGAAACCACUGGCAAUGGAUAGGCAUGAACAAAAACCGAACAUAAAGUCUUUAUAUAAAGGUUUAAAAGAUUUCAUGUUAUAUAACUUUUAUCAGUUAGCAAUUUAUCCAUACAUGAUUAUCUGAGCUACAAUCUUUAUUUUUCCGUAUUGUUCUCAUAGACAGAAUUAUUUAGUAACCUUUAUCCGUAUAUCUUUUGCUUUCAUUGUUCGUAUAUACUACGACAGUGUAAUACAACGUUGACAUGUUAUACUGUAUUGAAAAUUUUGUUAAAAGUUACAACCGUCAGAAGUAUAUUCAUUUCAGCACAAACACAUUUGUAUCCCUGGUUAUAGAUCUUAUGAAGGUAUAGGUAAUAACCAGUUCUACCAGAGACAUGUAUACAUACAUACAUCUGGAUGACGUAGAGUCUCUCCUAUACAGAAACCAUAAUAAAUGGAAUAGGUUAUGUAUUGAUUGAUCCAAUGCAAUUGCUGUUAACAUCUGUCUGUUCAUUGUAACACGUUAUAUACUGUACCACAUGCAUAACUCUUGUGCAGUCGCAUUAUACAAGAAUAAAAAGUCUGUUUUUAAUAUACAAAA